AAAAAAAAGGUCGGUUCUGGAAUCCUCUGGAGCCUGGGUAACCCGAGCUCGCCGCUUUGCUCCCAUCCCCCUCUUCCUCCUCCCGCUGCCGCCAUUGCUCCGGCUCCAAGCAAACGCCCGCUCCCUUUGGUUCGUUGUCCCGCCUAAGCGCUCAUCCUUUCUCCUCGCCCUCACUUCUCCCCACCGCCCAAGGAAGGGGGAGGCAAAUCUCGUAGGCGUGAACCCCGCCCGUCCGUCCCCAGCUCCUCCUCCCCGUCCGCCUGCGUCAUCGCGAAUUAUCGCUUCCUCGAAUUACGUCGCUGAUACUAUUUGAGCUGGAUGCGGCUCUAUUCACCUGCAAUCUGUGCGCGGCGAUCUUCCUCAAGUAGUAUGCAUGCUCAUUCCAAUCAGUUUCAAGGAGGACCCACACAGAGCAUGGUCUUAUGGAAGUGCUCCCGACCGCACUCAAGCCGCUCUCAUAUGACAUUGGGCUUAGCUGAUUCUUCUCGUAACAAGAACACAAGAUCUUCUGAAGCGCAGAGUCUGAAGUACUUUGUCAGCUUAGUUGGCCGACGAUUGCGUUGCGGAUUAUCAACCAGAGAAGGCAGUCUAAGUGUAAAGCUCGACGUGCUUUCACCCGACAGAAUUUCGGGUACUGGUUUGAAAUGGAGAGGUGUGCAUCAAAAGAUAGGAGCUACGGCCGGUGGACUCUGCUUUGGCUUUUCAGUUUCAGGGAUCGCAAAAGCUGAGAUGCCUGUGGACAGAAAGAUCAACUGUGCAGAAACUUCAGCAUCAACUUCUCAUGGGAAGAAAGUCUACACGGAUUAUUCUGUCACCGGCAUUCCAGGAGAUGGGAGAUGCUUAUUCCGCUCCGUGGUUCAUGGGGCAUGCAUCCGCUCAGGGAAACCUAUACCUAAUGAAGAUCUUCAGAGAAAGCUGGCUGAUGAAUUGAGGUCAAUGGUUGCCGAUGAAUUUGUCACUAGACGGGAAGAGACUGAAUGGUUUGUUGAGGGCGAUUUUGAUACAUACGUUUCCCAGAUUAAGCAGCCACAUGUGUGGGGUGGUGAGCCAGAACUGUUCAUGGCUUCACAUGUUCUUCAGAUGCCAAUAACUGUGUACAUGCGUGAUGAAGAUGUGGGUGGUUUGAUAACCAUUGCUGAGUAUGGCCAAGAGUACGGUAAAGAGGAUCCAAUACAAGUUCUGUAUCAUGGUUUUGGCCAUUAUGAUUCCCUACAGAUUCAGAAGACAUAGGGGUCCAAAGACAAGAACAUAGAAUUUGGGAGUUCGAGAUUCAGAAGGCACCGUUGCAAAAGCAUUUGAUCGUGUGCGAUAGCCUGGAGCCUGGAUGACUUUGUCCGCAAGCACAUGCUCGUAGAAGAUGACAAGAGAUUCCGUUAUCUGUAUGAAGCCGCACGAAGGAGCAAAAUUUGGAUGGGAGAGGACUAAAUCCUGUUGUUAUGUUGUUGUUCAUGUACUCACCGUAGGGUGUAGGUUGCAGAUAUGACUUUGAUGUAAUCUCUACUGCUGUGGCAAUAAAAAAUGGUGGCGGAUCAGUGAUACUAUCUUCCCACCUUCAGAUGCUGAUAGACGAAUAACAAGCACUACCUUUGCUAGCCGCAAGUUGUGCACAUCAUUGUAAAUCAUCAGUAAUGUAUUCCCUCCGUUACUAAAUAUUUGUCUUUUUA